GUUCCGUCAUGUUCUCCAUUCGGAUCGUGAGUGCGGACUACUACCUGUCCAGCCCGGUCCGGGACUUGGACGUUUGCUACUCGGAGUUCAGGGCCAGCGACGUCAAGAAGGUCCCGGUGGUCCGCGUGUUCGGGGCUACACCUGCAGGCCAGAAGACAUGUCUCCACGUGCACGGUGCGUUCCCGUACGUCUACGUCCCCUACGAUGGCUAUGGCCCCUCCCCCGAGCGCCACCUGCGGCAGGUGGCCUUCAGCAUCGACCGCGCCCUCAACAUCGCCAUGGGCAACCCCGCCUCCAACGCCCAGCACGUCUUCAAGGUGACGCUGGUGUCGGGCAUGCCAUUCUAUGGUUACCAUGCCAACGAGAAGCAGUACAUGAAGGUCUUCCUGUACAACCCUCAGAUGGUGAAAAGGAUGUGCGAGCUGCUGUGUAGCGGGGCGGUGAUGAACAAAGUGUACCAGCCCCACGAGGGCCACAUCCCCUUCAUGCUGCAGGUCUUCAUCGACUACAACCUGUACGGCAUGAACCUGCUGCACGUGGCCGCGCUCAAGUUCCGCACGCAGCCCCUCAGAGAGGACGACACACCGGGCUCCGUGGCCCCCGGCCUGGCCCCUGGCUCCAGCGUGGCCCCCGGCUGCAGUCCCUGGAGGAGUCCCUGUGCUUCUAAACUAAACGACAGCAUGCUGGGGGCCUCGUUUCAGCGCUGGGAGCCGGACAACAUCCCCUGCUCUCUGGUCCUGGAGGGUGUGCAGCGCCAGAGCACCUGUGAGCUGGAGGCCGACGCCGUGGCAACGGACAUCCUCAACCGGCUGGAGAUCGAGACUCAGAUCGGUAAGAACCCCGGCCUGCAGGCCAUCUGGGAGGAUGAGAAGCAGAGGAGGAGAGAGAACCAGCAGCCCUCCCAGAUCCACACACCCCGGUCUCAAGCUCGGCCCAGCGUGGCCCAGUCGGGGAGCGAGGAGCUGUUCCUGAGGAGGUUCAGAGAGAUCCUGAAGGAGAACAACCUGGACCUGACCCAGACGGACGGAGACCAGGAGGCGGAGCUGACCCUUCACCCUGUCAGCCACACUUCUCCUCCCAGCACACCGGCCAAUCGGUUGGAGCGCCACCCUCGCUCCCAGCCAGCCGUGAGUCCUAGCAGCAGUCUGUCACCAGAGGAGGCCCUGGUGGAUGAGGAAGCCAUCCUGAGUGUCCUGGAGUCCAGUCAGAUCUUCCCUCCUCCCUCCCAAGCAUCCAGCCACUCCCCCACGCUGGACCAGGACGUGGACCCGGACCGGUCCAUGGUGGACCUCCUGGCCGGCCUUCAGGACGAUGGUUUCAGGGCGUCGCCUCCCCGUCACUACAAUAGCGACGAGGAGGAGGCGGAGCCUGAGCUGCAGCAGGAAGAGGCGGAGCUGAGUGUGAUGAUGUCACAGAGAUGGGACAGGGCAGAGGAGUCAUCGAGGCCGGCCGGGAGGGAGGAGGACGAGGCCGUGGGCGAGGAGGUGCAGGAGUCCUCUGAGGAGGAGAUGGAGUGGGCAGGGAGCAACUCGCUGUUCGCCAGCCUGGCCAUCCCCCAGCUGGACGGAGCCGCCGACGACAGCAGUGAUUCCUCACUAACUGACAGCGGCAGCAGGAACCACUCCUCCCUCACCGCUCCAGACGAGUUCCUGACCCAGAUGAACCGGUUACCUGGGGAGACCCCGUCCUCCACCCGGCCGGCCCGGGAGACCCAGGAGCCCUCCGACUUCCUGUCCAGCUCCAGCCCCCACCACAGCGACCAGUGCGCCACAGGGUUCAAGAUCAACAAACAGAUCCCCUACAUCCCUCCGGUGAAGCACCCCAUCCCGUGUAAGGCCAGCGCCCACUCCGAGGCGUCUCCGAUGUGUGUGGAGGAGAAGGAGGAGGUCCGCCCCCUCUACUCGUACCAGAAGGCCACGUCGAUGGGCCUGGAGGAGGAGGCCCGCCCCCUCUACUCGUACGAGAAGGCCACGUCGAUGGGCCUGGAGGAGGCCCGCCCCCUCUACUCGUACGAGAAGGCCACGGCGAUGGGCCUGGAGGAGGCGGACCUCGACGGCUUCCCGUUCGGGAACAGGAAGAUCACUCAGAGCAGGAAGAAGUACAGCAGCAUCAACAAGGUAGAGAACAACUGUCUCUCCAUCCUGCAGAACCACAGGACCUUCUCGCUGUGCUACUCGGAGCUGAGGAAGGUCUCGGGGAAGACUGAGGUGGAGAUCAGUCACAAGGACUGCAGCAGCUCCAGCCUGAGGACCUCCCACCUGGAGGAGGAACGCCAAGACGACAGGAUCCACCAGAUCGGUGAGGACGAGGACGAGGAGGAGGAGGAGGAGAUAGAGGUGGAGGAGGAGGAAGGAGAUGUCGGGGAACUCAAGAUAAGGUACGAGGAUUACCAGGACAACAAGAGGACCAUGGUGGCCCAGCAGGAAGCCCACUACAAGUUCUUCCCCAGUGUCAUCCUCUCCAACUGUCUGACCCGGAAGAAGGCGGGCACCCCCAAACCAGGGGAGGCUGAGGAGGUGGAGCUGCCGGUACCCCGCCGGUCCAGACUGAAGCUGAGCAAGCGAAGGUCUGGAUCUCCAGCCCAGAGGAGCAAGGCGAAUGCAGUGGAAAGCCCUGAGCAGCAUUCCUCCAAUAGCCUCACCGGAAGCCAAUUCACCAACAUUCUGCCAUUGAGCACAGACACAGAAAUGACCGACACCAAGGGUAGUCUCUUCACAGAAACCCUGCCAGAGCCCGUCCAAGAUGGGCCAGGGAUAGUGCCAACCAUUAAGGAGGAGCUGGUUGUUGAAGAACGGCACGUAGAUGACUGUAAGGACACUCUGUCGCCGUCCCCCGCCCCUAACCCCUUCACUGAUGCUAUUGUGUCUGAUCUGGCUCUGUCCACCCUGGAGGAGAAGCCUUCACCCCUGGGAGAGCCUCCGUCCUCAGUCACCAAACCCUCAGGGAUGAUCAACAGCAAGUACACGUUGAGAACCAAACGCAAAAAGAGCCUGGACAGCGAGGAAGGAGAGCCAACAGGAGCACCUGGACUCAAGAACGCCGUCUCCGUUAAGGAGCAACCUGUGGUGAGCGCUCCCGAGCCCAAGAACCAGAAACGCCGCAAGAAGGAACCUCCGAUCAUCAUCAAGUACAUCAUCAUCAACCGCUUCAAGGGACAGAAGAACAUGCUGGUGAAGAUGGCGAAGGUGAGCGUUGCUGAACCGGUGGUCUUGUUGACCUCGGACAAACUGGAGCAGUACAGCAAACUAGCCCCUCUGAAACAGUUCUGGCCCAAGGUACCGGAAUCCUCCGCUAUCAAGUUUCCCAUGUCGGAGCCAAAGGCCAAGAAACAACCCAGACGAAAGGCCAGGGCCGCUGCCACGGCCAAGAAGACGGGCAGCACCUCCCCCAGACCUCCAGUCAGGCCUGGAGGCAGACCGGGGGGACGGGUGAACAGAGGUAAGGUCCCGAGGCCUUCCCUGGUCCCGCCAAACCCCUGCUACGCCGAGCAGGCGGACGACCACGACUCAGAGUACAACGACGUGAUGCUGGAACUCGGCUACCUAUCCGAGAGGUGCGCCAGCCCGGCGGACUCUACCCCGCCUCGCUGCUGGUCGCCUAGCGACCCUCUGAUGGAUACAGGACCCUCAGGUCAGCUGAUCAACCCCCUCAGUGACCCUUGUCUCAGUUGGGCUCCUCCAGACCUACCGGCUGAGCCGCGACGGUCUCAGACGCUCUGCCGUACUCAAAGUGCUAAACCUAAGAAGUCCCCGAAAGCUAAGCGAAGAGUUGCCAGUGCUGCUAGUGAGCCCCCCGAAGGGGAAGGGGGCCAAGCCACAACCGAAAGGACGAGACCAGCGACCAGCCUGACCUUGAGGAGGAGGAGGAGGAAAGCGGCUGGAGGAGACGAAGAAACUGCAGACAACAGCGGUUCAACAACUCGUACGAGAGCCAGAAAAGCACCGAAAAAGAAAGGUCAAGAUCCCAAAGACUGUGAGACCUCCCAGCUCCUCUUCUCCGACGAUGAGCAGCACCCGGCGGAGACGUCCUCCCAGGGGGUCCCUUCCUCUCAGCAGCCUGUCGGCACAGCCAGCCAGGCCUGCUCCCACGGCCUGCCGGCUCCAGGCUCCCCCAGGCUCCUCGACGACCCCAAGGCUGAGGACCUGGAGACGUCCAUCAUGGAGGUCAACCAGGGGGAGGCACCGGGGCUCCAGAGGUCCAGCCCGGCGGCUGCGGUUAAGGCAGAGGCUGAUCCUGUGACAUGCACGACUCCCCGGAUUACGCCUCUACCUGAACCUUCACAGGAAGGCCGUAAGGCUCACACUCCAGCAGCAAACCCCCCACAAUCCCCUGCCUCCAGGAACGGGCAGAUACCCACGCUGUCGGUGACCCCGUCCGGGCUGGAGGUCCUGAAGAAGCUGCUCCAGAAGAGGCAGCGGGCCCAGGCCCUUCCUCUGCAGACGGUGGGGGUGCAGAGCUCCACAGGUCCUGCUGCAGCAGCCCCUACAGACCCCACCACCAGGCCCCAGAGAUCAAGGAGGGCUGCCUCCACCAAGUCCAAGAACCCUCAGCCAACCACGCGCAAGAGACCCAGGAACGGCAAGGCCAAGGGAGGCAGCCAGCCACAGCUCCCCGUGAAGCAGGAGGCCGACGUGUCUGAGGACAGCCCCGUCUUCCUGUCCGACCCGGGGCUGGACAGUUGCCACUUGAUCGAGGACAGCAUGUCUCCGGACCUUCCCCACAACUACAACUUUGACAUCAACGCCAUCGACCAGGCCGAGUUCUCCAGCCCCUACAGCGGCAGCCAUUUUGUGCUCGGCGACAAGAACCUUCCGGUGAAGUUCCUCAGCGACGUCAGCCUGGAGGGCGUGCCCGCUCUGAACCUGAGGCUCUCGUCCUCGGGGGAGGAGCCCGCGGAGGCGUCCCAUUGGCAGAGGGAGGAGCGAAAGAGCCCUGACCUCUUCGAGACCUCGGAGAACGGGGACACCGUAUCCAACCAGCUGUCCGGGAGAGAAUGGGGCUCCUCCGGGGGGAAGGGCCGCGGCCUCAGCCCCUUCCAGGACUUCCAGUGCGACCGUAAAGAGUUCCUCCUGUCCUCCCUGGAGCCGGUCCAGCCCCGGGCCCUGACCUCAGCCUCCUUCGCGGACGGCGAGAGCUCGCCCCCCGGGGACCUGCCGGAGGCGGGCGACGCCCUGACCACCACCACCCCCGGCAGCUCGCCGUGCUCCGUCAGCUCCCAGGGCCGGCUCCGGGGCGCCGGGGGCGGGGCCCACGUCCUCAAGCCCCUGAUGUCCCCGCCCAGCCGGGACGAGGUCCUCAGCUCCCUGCUGGACCUGCAGCUGACGGAGACCGCCUUCAAGGAACCCUUCUGCAGCGACCCCGCCGACGCCCCCGCCACAACCAUGGAGGUGGGAGGUCGUCGGCUGGAGGUGGGCACCACCCUGGCCCGGGACCUCCCAGAGGCCACGGGGGAGCUCUCCCAGGAGGGGCUCGCCUUCUGGAAGACCGCCUUCUCCGCCAUGACCCGCACCCCCUCCGCACCCCACCCCCAGGCGGCCCCCGCCACCCCCGGGCCCUGGCCCGAGCCCGCGGGGGACCGCAAGACGGUGCUGCUGCCGUGCCGGACGGCCCCCAGCCCGGCCUCGGUCCGCCUGUGGCUGGAGGCCCGGCGGCAGUACCAGCGCCUGCAGGGAGCGAGGGGGGGGGAGGCCUCCACCGGGGAGAGGGCCCCCACCGGGGCCCCCAGGAGCCGGAGGACCCCCCCGAAGCUCCUGGUCCGGGGCCCGGCCCCGCCCAGCCCGGGGGCCCCGCAGACACAGGGCCCCGCCCAGGAGGGGGGAGGAGGACCCCAGGGCUCCCCAGAGUCCCCCGACCUCCCCCCCUGGCAGGACCCCUGCCAGCCCCCCGCAGCCCCCCAGGAGGAGGAGGAGGAGUGGGAGGACGGCAGCGGGCUGAGUGUCUCCCCGGAGGGCUGCGGCGCGCCCCUCAGUCCGUCUCCCUUCCCCCGGGGGAGGCAGGAGGCCGGGAGGACCCCCCCCCCCUCCCUCCACAGCACCCCCGUAGUGAGGAGGCGCGGGGGGAGGCGCCGGGGGGAGCUGGUGUGCAGCACGCCCCUGGCUGACGAGGAACUGUCCAAUCCGCUGCGACGGAGGCGUGGCCAAGCAGAGCCAUUGAGGAGGGUGUUGCUGACCACCCAAAUUAAGAACCAGUUUGCGGCCCUGGCUGAGCCCCAGCAGCCGGACCAGAAGGAGACCUCUGGUAUCGAAGGGCCCAGCUUCUCCAACUCCUACGGCUUCAAAGUCAGCAUGCAGAACCUCCAGGAGGCCAAGGCUCUGCAUGAGGUCCAGUACCUGACCCUCAUGGGCCUGGAGGUCCACGCCCGGUCCCGCCGGGACCUGGAGGCGGACCCUGAGUUCGACCCCAUCUGCGCCCUCUUUUACUGUUUCCAUAGCGACGCCCCCCUGCCGGGCGCCACCGCCCACCAGCUGACCGGCGCCAUCGUGGUGGCGGAGGACACGGAACGCCAGAGGAAGGCCCCCCUGCUGGUCCGAUCGGGCGUCACAGGCCUGCCGGUCACCUACGCCGCCGACGAGAAGAAGCUUCUGGACGAGCUGCUGCUGUUAGUGAGGAGGUUUGACCCAGACAUCCUGAUUGGCUACGAGGUGCAGAUGCGUUCGUGGGGGUACCUGCUGCAGAGGGCGUCGGCCCUGGGGAAGGACCUCUGCCAGAGGCUGUCCCGCAUCCCUGGUGACAGUAAGGAGAACCGCUUCCAUGCGGCCCGUGACGAAUACGGGGCCGACACCAUGUCGGAGAUCAACAUCAUCGGACGCAUUACCCUCAACCUGUGGAGGAUCAUGAAGACUGAGGUGACUCUGAACAACUACAGCUUUGAGAACGUGGCGUUCCACGUCCUCCACCAGCGGUUCCCGCUCUACAGCGGCCGCACGCUGUCCGACUGGUUCGACCACCACACUGACCUCUACAGGUGGAAGGUGGUGGACCACUACGUGAGCCGGCUGAGGGGCAGCAUGCAGCUGCUGCAGCAGCAGGACAUCGUGGGGCGCACCAGCGAGCUCGCCCGCGUCUUCGGCAUCCAGUUCUACCACGUCCUGACCCGCGGCUCACAGUACCGGGUGGAGUCCAUGAUGCUGCGGCUGGCCAAGCCGCUGAACUACAUCGCGGUGUCGCCCAGCGUGGAGCAGCGGGCGCAGCAGAGGGCUCCCCAGUGCAUCCCGCUGGUCAUGGAGCCCGAGUCGCGCUUCUACAGCAGCUGUGUGCUGGUGCUGGACUUCCAGUCGCUCUACCCCUCCAUCGUCAUCGCCUACAACUACUGCUACUCCACCUGCCUGGGCACCGUGGGCAGCCUGGGCACGCCGGAUGAGUUUAAGUUUGGCUGCACGUCUCUCAGAGUCCCUGUGGACCUGCUCCACCAGCUGAGGGACGACAUCACCAUCUCCCCUAACGGGGUGGUCUACGUUAAGCCCGCGGUGCGUAAAGGCGUGAUGCCCAGCAUGCUGGAGGAGAUCCUGAAGACCCGUCUGAUGGUGAAGAGCUCCAUGAAGACGUACCAGCAGGACAAGGCGCUGCUCCGCCUGCUGCACGCCCGCCAGCUCGGCCUCAAGCUCAUCGCCAACGUCACCUUCGGCUACACGGCCGCCGGCUACUCUGGACGCAUGCCCAACGUGGAGGUGGGCGACAGCAUCGUGCACAAGGCCCGGGAGACGCUGGAGGGCGCCAUCAGGAUGGUGAACAGCACCAAGAAGUGGGGCGCCCGGGUGGUGUACGGAGACACAGACAGUCUGUUUGUGCAGCUGAAGGGGGCCAGUAAGGAGCAGGCGUUCCGGAUCGGAAGUGAGAUCGCCGAGGCCGUCACCGCCACCAACCCCAAGCCCGUCACCCUCAAGUUUGAGAAGGUGUACCUGCCGUGCGUGCUGCAGACCAAGAAGCGCUACGUGGGCUACAUGUACGAGACUCCGGAGCAGAAGGAGCCCGUGUUCGACGCCAAGGGCAUCGAGACCGUCCGCCGCGACGCCUGCCCCGCCGUCGGCAAGGUGCUGGAGCGCUCCAUCAAGCUGCUGUUUGAGACGCGGGACCUCAGCCAGGUGAAGGGCUUCAUCCAGAGGCAGCUGCUGAAGGUCCUGGAGGGCACGGCCAGCAUGCAGGACCUGACCUUCGCCAAAGAGUACCGGGGCAGUGGCUCCUACCGGCCUGGGGCCUGCAUCCCCGCCCUGGAGCUCUCAAGGCGUAUGACGGCGUACGACCGGCGCCUAGAGCCCCGGGUGGGCGAGCGCGUGCCCUACGUCAUCGUGUACGGCUCCCCGGGGGUCCCGCUCAUCCAGCUGGUGCGGCGGCCGCUGGACGUGCUGCAGGACCCCUCUCUGCGCCUCAACUCCACCUACUACGUCACCAAGCAGAUCCUGCCCCCCCUGGGGCGCCUGCUGCAGCUGGUAGGCGUGGACGUGCUGCGCUGGUACCAGGAGAUACCCCGGGUCCAGAAGGCGUCCCUGUGGGGGGCGUCGGAGGCGGGCCGGAGGGGCACCAUCUCGCAGUACUUCACCUCGCUGCACUGCCCCGUGUGCCAGCAGCUCACCCAGCUGGGCGUGUGCUCCGCCUGCCGCGCCGACCCGCAGCGCGUGGCCGUCACCCUGAACCAGGACGUCCGGCGCUGGGAGGCCCAGCAGGACCAGCUGCUACAGGUGUGCCGGAGCUGCAGCGGCAGCGCUGAGCGCCAGAUGUCCUGCGUGUCUCUGGACUGUCCCGUGCUCUACAAGCUGUCCCGCGUCGGCAGGCAGCUCUCCAGGGGACCCUACCUCCGCCAGCUCCUGGAGCAGUUCUGACGGGCCCCCCGUUACCGGGGUUCUCCCCCCCGGCUGGUGUUGAGGGGCUCACCGGCCCCUACGUGAAGACGGCCCCUCCCCCCUCGGUGCUAGGACGCUGUCCUCCAUCUUACCUUCUCAGUGUGUCCCCGUGUUCACGCUUUGACCCGGAACCUCCCCCCCGGAAGGUCUUCAGGUCAGGACCAACGGACCACCAGCGGCUCAUGUGAGACCUGUCACGUGACAUCAGUCACGUGACGUCAGCCAUGUGAUCAGUUUUGUGCGUUGUCGCCAUGAUGUGUGUCCGUUUCUUUGCUUCCCCGCUGCUAACAGCUACGUGUGACCCCGGGGUGUCCGGAUACGUUUCUCAUCUCUCCGCCGUGUUGGAUGGACUGGGUGCGGCUGAACGGUGUAAAUAUCGCCAGCACUGAGCAGCACAGAACACGGCGUGUUGGGAAAGCUGCUGUGGUCGGACUGUCUGUGUUCCCGGUCGUCUUGUGUUGAUGACCGUCGUUUGGAGCCUGGAUUGUACGAGGACGUCAGGUCGGACCUGAAGACUGAGAUCGGAACUAACGACUCUGAUUGGAAUGGAGCUUUGCGAUUGGAUCUGAACUCUGAGAUGGGACCUGACUCCUCUGACCUGACUCCUGAUUGGCCCAGAGGUCGGCCUUGGACCUGGGGCCUCUGGCAGAGCAGGUCUUUGGGACUGUUGCAAUAGUGUACUGGGAUCGUUUUAUGUCACGAAGAGUAUUAUUGUUUUGUUUCUUAAUGCAUUUCUCUGUGGGGAAGUGGUGCGUGGUAACCAUAGUGAUAACCAUUCUAGAAUGUCCCUUUCCCGCCAAGCAGCAGAUCUGUGUAUUUGUAUAAAUGUAAAAAAAAAAAAGAAGAAGCCUGUUUUCAGCUGUUUUUAAUGCACAUUGCUGUGGGUGAACCUGUGAGAUUGGUAAAAUAAAAAAUAAUCAAUGUAACAAUGAAUUCUUUCCGGGAAUUAAGUCCUCCGAAACUAAGACACUGAACUAUGCCGAUAUGAUCACAGUACUUUACAGUUAACACAUUGGAAACAUUCUGCUUCUAAUAAAUAAACUCAACCAUCACACACAGGCUGGGGGGCGCUGUGGUCCUCCUGGACCUGCUGGGGUCCGGAUCCUCUGGGAAGGGACCUGAAGACCUGGACCAGUAGGAGAGGUGCUCAAGGUCUGGACCUGGGGGUGGUCCUGGUCCUGGUCUUCUAGGUCAGGACUUGGUCCUGGUCUUCUGGGUCAGGACUUGGUCCUGGUCUUCUGGGUCAGGACUUGG